GAUCUCACGGAGAUGUUGCAGUUCUCCCUGGAGUCCCCGGGGGGCGCCACUCUGGCCUGUCUCAGUCUGAUGACUCUGGGUCUGCUGUCAGUCCACGUCUCCAUACCUGAACACAUAGUGGUGUUGGACAGCACCAUGGUGGACAAUGAGGUGGUUAAGAGUAUCUCAGUGCUGGCUGAGGAUGAUGAUGAUGAAGAGGAGAACGAGGGGCGGAGUCGGAUCGAGGUCAGGGCUCACAAGGCGUCCCACACCAAGUACCUGAUGAUGCGUGGAUACUGCGUUCCCGGGAUCGUCAACCUCCGAAACCUCAACACCAACGAUAGUAUCGUGGUGGAAUCGUGCACCAUGAGACUACAUCUACGACACACACCUGUACACACACUGUUUACUACCCAGGACUCUCCUCCCAUAGACUUCUCCAGACACGGUCCCUCUCUCCUCCCCUCUUUACUCUCCCAUUCCCUCAGAGCCCAUCCCUCCUCCUCCUCCUCUCCCUCCUCCUCCCCCCUCCCCUUCUCCCCCCCCUCCUCCUCCGUAGAGGUGUGUGAGGGGCGUCUGGUGACUCAGAGAGGGUAUAGCCCAGAGGACAUUGGUGCUGUGGCAGAACUCAGAGCAACGCUGGAGAGACACGGAGCCUUCGGAUUGGACAGGCGGGACCUGGUGACAUCACACACACACCUGGCCGACCCGAGAGACGGACGGACCAGAGGUCUGCAGCGGUACAUACAGGACUUGCUGGAGGAAGAGCUGGUGUUGGAGGUGGGAGGGAGCUCAGUGCGUCUGGUGUUAGUGAGUCACGCUGAGCCCUGGCUACUGACCUCCACAGAGAGUCAGAGAGACCGGCCACACCAAACCCAGCGAGGAGCCUCUGCCUUUGGGGACAGAAAGCACCACAACCCCCUCCUCCGCAAGAGAAGAAUGGUGGCCCCCAGAGAGCAUGAACCACGUAGUAAGAGAGGGAGAAGAGAAACGCUGAUGGAGGAAGAGGAGGUUGAGAAGAGGGAGGAGACACCGGAGGAGGAGGAGGAGGAGAAGAUGCAGCCUGAAGACAAAGACAGGAACGAGACUGCAGAGGAGAGAUGGAUGAAGAGAAGAGAGGAGGAGGAAGGGAAAGAAGAAGAGAGGGUACAAGAAGAACCAUCAUCUACCAUUGAGACAGAACAGAGCACAGUGGGCGACGGCGAGAAGCCAUUUUCAUCUCUAGCUGAGGAAGAGGAUGGUGAAGCUAGCAGUCUGCGUGAGGAAGAGGAUGGUGAAGCUAGCGGUCUGCCCGAGGAAGAGGAUGGUGAAGCUAGCGGUCUGCCCGAGGAAGAGGAUGGUGAAGCUAGCGGUCUGCGUGAGGAAGAGGAUGGUGAAGCUAGCGGUCUGCCUGAGGAAGAGGAUGGUGAAGCUAGCGGUCUGCCCGAGGAAGAGGAUGGUGAAGCUAGCGGUCUGCCCGAGGAAGAGGAUGGUGAAGCUAGCGGUCUGCCCGAGGAAGAGGAUGGUGAAGCUAGCGGUCUGCGUGAGGAAGAGGAUGGUGAAGCUAGCGGUCUGCGCGAGGAAGAGGAAGACAGCGGCGGCGUGUGUGACGUGUCGUUCGUCAGUCGUCCGUGGCGUAUCGUGGACGGCAGUCUGAACAGGCCGGUGUGUAAAGGCAUGCUGGACGCUGUCCUCUACCACAUCAUGACCCGGCCUGGUUUACCAGAACACGUCUUGCUGGAACACUACAGAGGGGUCUUGCAGCCAGUGGUGGUACUGGACCUCGUGCAGGCCCUCGUUGAGUUGGGCUGUAUCAAGAAGAAGUACGUGACCAGACGUCCCAAACCCUCCCUCUUCUCCCGUCCAGCCGCCGUCCUCAUGGUGGGGGAGGAGAGAGAGGGAGAGACGGGGGUGAGGCUGGAGGAGACGGGGGUGAGGCUGGAGGAGACGGGGGUGAGGCUGGAGGAGACGGGGGUGAGGCUGGAGGAGACGGGGGUGAGGCUGGAGGAGACGGGGGUAAGACCGGCUGAGACGACCACUGUGUUCUAUGAGCCGACCAUCGACUGCUGUCUGCGUCUAGGACAGGUUUUACCCCAUGAAAACAACUGGAACCAGUGGGUCCAGUUCGCACAACAUGAGAACAAACAGUAAGGACUGGAGUUAAAACUGAUCUGGGUUCUAAUUCUUUAGUACCUCGCUGUACUGAAACGUUUUUAUACUGAAAAUGUUUUGCAACAAAAAAAGUUUAUAUUGUGAAAAAUGAAAGUUAGUCCCUAUGAUUCUGUUGUUAGUGGAUACACACCAGGACUGCUAGGGGACGGGAGUUUUACUUGAUCACGAUUAAUAGGCCCAGGAGUUAAAACAACAAGUUUCUUCACAGUGGUUAACCCAAAGAUCUUUAGUUCUGACUCUUACCGGACAGCAAGAUUAGAUUUUAGCUAUAAAAAAAAUGCUGUUUAGUUUCAGUUGUAGUGACACAGAUCUCUGGGAAUUAGUUUCACAUCUUAGAUGUCCUUUCAUUGGGGAAAACAUGUUAUGGUUUCAUCUCAGUUUUGUUAUUGUUUUCUUGAAAGUGUGAUUUAAUAAAAAGUUAAAAUUG